AUGCAACUCGUGUUCCUCUCUGAUCUCAUUAUUCACGCACAAAACCCAAAAUCUACAGUUCCUUUGACCAUGGAACUCAACCUCGGUACAUCGUGUUCUUCCAGCAGUAUCUCAUCAUCUUCGCAUGAGGUCAUCCCCAGGACCGGUUUUAUAACCGAUACCAUGGGGAAAAUGAAAGAGAAGAUGGCGUCCGAGCCAGCGACUGAGACUCCGAGGCUAGAGUUUCGCUUCUUGUUCAACGACAACGUAAGAAACUCUGGUUUUGGAGGGUUGGACGAGGCAGAAGGGACGAAGAACGAGGCUAAGCCGAGGGUGUUUGCUUGCACCUUCUGCAAGAAAGAGUUCUCGACCUCGCAGGCCCUGGGAGGGCAUCAGAACGCUCACAAGCAAGAGCGAUCGUUGGCUAAAAGGCGUAAAGAGAUCGAGAUUAACUACCCUGGACUCUCCUUUUACAGUCAGUACCCACCCAGUGGCGCUUCCUACAACAGCAGCUCGCCGUAUGAUCUUGGUGUUCGUUACAAUCCUAACAUUGCUAAGUCUAAGGCCAAUCCGUUCAACAUCUUCAGAUGUCGUUUAGGAUACAGAGGGCUUGGUCUAAAUUCCCACAUCCCUCUCCUCUCUCAUCUCUCUUGCCAAAAGGCCGACGAUUUGUCCAAAAAUUUGAUUUCAAACCUAGAGGGCAGCAUUCAUACGAAUAACGAGCAAGCCGAGAAUCAAGUUCAGUCGGAGUCUGAUGAUACUUGCGAGGAUUCUGAUAUAGACUUGUCUCUGAAGCUGUAG